UAGCAAAAAAGUAUAACUUUGUUUUAAAGCACAAUUGGUUUAUGUGGCCUUAUUUUUUCUAUUCUAUUAAAAUUGAUUAAGAAAACAAGUUUUCUAUUUAACCCAACCGAAAAGCGGAAAGCUAUUAAAAGGUUUAAGGUUAAUUGUUUAGAAAAAAAAAACAAAAUUUAUGUUAUUUUAAAAUACAUCUUCAAGAAAGUAAAAUGCUAUCGUUUUGGUCGCGUUUUAGAAAUGUUUUAUUACAAAAUGCUUCAGCAGUUUAUUUUCAAGCUCAAAAACUGAGAAGCGUUGGUAUUCACGGCAUGCACAGCUCAGUGGAAGAUUUAAAAACGGAAGCAAUGCAAGUGAAAAUCUUGCCAGCAUUGCAGGACAACUACAUGUAUUUGAUUAUUUGCGAUUCCACACGUGAAGCUGCUAUAGUUGAUCCUGUAUCACCUGAGACGGUUUUACAAGCUGUCAAAGAUGAGAAUGUGAAUUUAAAAAAAGUUCUUACCACUCACCAUCACUGGGAUCAUGCUGGCGGCAAUGAGAAGUUAUUGCAAAUGUUUAGUCUUCCUUUGGAAGUAUAUGGCGGCGACAAUCGUAUUGGCGGCCUUAACUGUAUGGUUAAACAAAAUGAUCGCUUAAAAAUUGGAAAUCUAGACGUGACUUGUUUAUUUACACCGUGUCAUACUUCGGGACACAUAUGUUACUAUGUUCAGUCUGCGACCGGGGAUCGAUACGUUUUCACUGGCGAUACACUAUUUCAGGGCGGUUGUGGUCGCUUUUUCGAAGGGACGGCCGAUCAAAUGUACGAUGCCCUCUGCAAACAGUUAUCCUCGCUACCAGACGAUACUAAGGUUUUCUGCGGUCAUGAAUACACGUUGCAAAAUAUGUCAUACGCUUUGCAUGUGGAACCGCAAAAUGAGAAUAUACUGAAACGCAUCGAAUGGGCGAAAUUACGCAGAGCCACUAAAUCACCCACAGUGCCAUCUACUAUUGCAGAGGAAAAAUCGUGGAACCCAUUCAUGCGUGUCCAUGAACCAAGCGUUCAAAAACACGCACAACAAACCGAUCCCGUACGCACAAUGGGCAGCUUACGCAAAGAGAAGGACAAUUUUAAAGCUUAGAAAUUUUCAACUCUCAUCUUGUCUUGUGUGUUAAAAAUUUAAAGAAGAAGAAACUUGAAUAAUUCCGGCGUUCUCUUUUGAUACCAAUAAACUUUAUAGCUUUAAUAUGAUAAAUCUUUUAAAAAUGUACCCCAAUUAUUUAUUAUUAUUAUUAUUGUUAUUAUUAUUAUUAUUAUUAUUUGUUAUUUAUUAUUUAUUAUUUUUGCAGCUAAUGCUUGCAACAGCGACAAUAAGUGUGCUUCAUACGUUAUGCUUUCGAAAAAGAGAAAGUAUUUUAAUAUUCUGUGCAAAGAUUGCGCCGAGAUUAUAGUUCGAGUCAAGGUUACCUUACGAAUAUAAAACAUUGCUAUGUUGCUUAUAAAUCUUAAUAAAUUCUCUAAUAUCAGCCAUAUCGCGCGGCGUAUUCAAAUUUUAAUUGAGAAAUAUAUACCAACAACAAAAGUAUUUUAUCUUCAUUUGAAUAAAUGCUUAAAGCAGGAUGGUAAACAAGGCAGUAAAUAGUUGUGGAAUUUAUCAUAAUCACAUUCGCUAGACAAAGACUGCUAUCUCUGUAAGAUUUCAGAGUCAAAUUCCUCGCUUAUCUAACUGAAUAGUUUAUGGUGGAAUGAAAAUAAAGCAUUUCAGGAAUUUAUUGUUUAUUUAAUUAGAAUUUACUUACCUUAAAAGCCGCCGCGACACAAACGUGAUAUGAAGAAUGAAUGCUUAGCGAAUGUUCACUUCUUAUCAAAAAAUCAAAUACGCAUUACAGUCCAGGAUAAGAACUCAUUAUUAUACAUACAUAUGUUGCUGGGCUCGUAAAUCUCCCCAUAACCUCUACAUUGGAUAUGCAUUUUGAUGAAAAAUUUUAUUCCGUCGAUUCAAUUAGCCGUUUCACAAAUUCAUAAUAUUGGAUUUUGGAGAAAAUUUAAUCAAAUCCGUUAUUCAGG